GUGAUUGGUCACACAUCACAUCUAACUCACAAUUGGUCCACGUUUAGAGACAUGAUUGGUUCAAAAAACAUUUUAAUUUAAUUAAAAAAAAUAUCUCUUGUUCAUAUCCUGGACCUCAUAUGGUGACUGUCUCUCCUUCUUAUAAACCGACCGGCAUACCUUGAUAGACACUUGUCGUUUCCACCAUACUCACCCCAUUCUCAAGAUCUCUCCGACACGACACUCUUCUAACGUUGCUCUAAACACGCACACACGAGUGUGUACCAAACUAAGGGUAAUCAUUCCAAAGGACCUGGUUGAAAAUACCAUAUGAUCUACUUUAGCAUGAUUAAUGUUUAAGACAUAAAUUGCUUAAGUAAAGAUCUUACUUCUACUUUAAGUCUUUGAAAAAAGUGGGGUCAAACAUGAACUUCACUUGGGAUGCAAUGAGUGUGAAGCCACCUCUAAUGAGCCAGUCUUCGAUAUACUCGCUCACUUUUGAUGAGUUACAGAACACCGUUGGUGGAGUUGGAAAAGAUUUUGGAUCAAUGAAUAUGGAUGAACUCUUGAAAAACAUAUGGAAUGUUGAAGAGACACAAACCUUAACAUCUUCAGUUGUUGAAGGACCUAACCCAAUUGGUAAUAAUUUGCAAAGACAGGGGUCAUUGACAUUGCCAAGGACACUUAGUCAGAGAAAAGUUGAUGAAGUUUGGAGGGAUUUGAUGAAAGAUAGUGGUAAUAGUGGUUCAUCUAUGCCUCAAAGACAAGCAACAUUAGGUGAAGUGACUUUGGAGGAGUUUUUGGUGAGAGCUGGUGUUGUGAAAGAAGAUACCCCGCCGCCGCCUAAUCAUGCUCAACAAAUUGAAAGACCAGAUAAUAAUAAAUGGUUUAGUGAUUUUUCUAGAUCAAACAAUAACACCAAUCUACUACCCUUUCAACAACCAAAUGGAAAUAAUGGUAAUGGUGAUUUGAGUGACAAUAAUAACUUAGCUCCUAAGCAACUUCCUCCUUCAUCAUUGAACCCAAAUCAAUCUCACCGGCCGCCGCCACUUUUCCCGAAACCUACAAAUGUAGCAUUUGCUGCUCCUAUUCAUUUGUUAAACAAUGCUCAACUUGGUAACCCUGGUAGAAGUGUAGUGCCCAGUGUUGGAAUGUUUGGUUUAUCUGCGGCGAAUGUCGUAGCUCCUGUUGGUUCUCCAGGAAGUAAAAUGUCGCCGGAUGCAAUUACAAAGCAUAAUGUAGAUCCUUCUUUACCAUCACCAGUUCCUUAUGGAAUCAACAGAGGGAGAAAGGGUGGUGCUGUAGAAAAAGUUGUUGAAAGGAGACAAAGGAGAAUGAUAAAAAAUAGAGAAUCAGCUGCGAGGUCACGGGCUCGCAAACAGGCUUACACUGUUGAACUAGAGGCUGAAGUUGCAAAACUUAAGGAAGUAAAUGAAGAAUUACAAAGAAAGCAGGCAGAAUUUCUGGAAAUGCAGAAAAAUAAGGAGGACCUGCUACGGACAAAUAAAAUUAAAUUCUUGAGAAGGACACUUACAGGUCCAUGGUAGAUUAUGUAAGUUGUUUAAAGCUUGUAGGAAUGAAGCCAUUGUUAUGUCAUAAAGAGAGGAGUUGUGUAUAUAAGGUGUGAAGUGAGAGGGGUGUAUUUCUCACUGGAGGUGUCUAGUGUAUAUCUCUGCCAUUCAAUUGACUCAAAUGGGUGGAUGUGAUUUCACUGCACUCUGCAGUGAGUAGUGACUGCAGAGGAUCCAUUCUUGUGUGAAGUAAUUGCAAUUUAACACUAGGCAAGAUGGUAGCUUUUAUGUAUAGGUGGUAUUAGGUACUAGGAGCAUUGAGUUGUAAAUUAAAGUAUUAAACUUGCAUCAUGUGUAAUUAACUAUUUUACUUUCUUGAAUGACAUUUUCUUGUAUGAAGUAGUAUAUGAUGAUUAGGCAUGUUGGACUGUCUAUGUUUCUAUAUAUUCAUCAAUGGAAUUUGAUUCCCGUGUA